GCGUCGCCAGUCGCCAGUUUGCCGUGAGCGCUCGUGAUGUGAGGACGUUCUAUGAUUUCGUCUAGGAGCGUGGCGCUGUUUCAGCACUCGCACUAGCAGUCGGGGGAAGAACGCGUUUAUUUUGCACGCAACCCGCGCUCCCUUGUCCGCGUACAGACAGACAGACAGAGGAACAAGGUUUGUCGAUCGAUUGUCCGAGUGAUAUCGACGAUUAUUUCCAUCCAGGAGGAGGAAAGACCCUGAGAUCGUGGAUCGUCGAGAACUGACUGUGUACUAUACUACUUGGACUACGAUAUUUCGACAAUCGAAAAAACCCGCGGUGUGCGCCGGCACGCCACGUUUACACGAGGAACACGAGCGUCCCUCGCGCGACAAGGAACACCACAGCAUCGUUCUCUCUCUCUCUGUCUCUUUCUCUUACUCGUUCUCGCUUGUGCGUCUCGCAAGGCUUGUCCUUGGCUCAUUCGUGGGCACUCUGUUUGCCACUGUGUGUGACGUUUCCAGAGACUGGAGGCUACUGAUUAACGUGUUCACUCACCAAAGACGAUCUUUGUUGGAACGUUCGCGCGGCGUGGGGGUUAGGUUACCCGUCGUCCCCGUCGGUGUGUCAGUGUCCCCGCGUGAUGCACGAACAUUUCGAUCGACCAGCUGAUCGUGAUUCUGGCAGUGUUGCAUCGGCUCGAUGGACUUUAUAGAGUCAGCUCGUCCGUGGAGUAUCGCGUACGUGAGCGGAAGAUCGAAUCGCAGUUGGACGAGGGGAGACAGUUUCCGCGCGCGGGCACACACACCGCAACGGCCCUUUUUUUCCUCGUUCGCGGCCAUCUACGGCCGACACCUGCGGCAACCGCGGGAAUUUUAUCGCGGCAGUUCGCGUCGCCGCUGCUGCGUGGUGUUGUGUGCGCGAGCUUAAAGUUCGCGGAUUGUGCGCGGGACAAGGACAGUGGCGCGCGUUGUGCGUACGCGUCUAACUAAAACGGUGACGGAGGCGCGGGUGUCAGACAGAGACGCAGCGAAAAGCCGAGAACUCCGAGGAAAAGUUCGCGGGUAAAACGUGCCCAUCGUGACGUGUGCGCGAGGCAUCUCUUCGUUUAUAUUUUUUUUUCUCCCCGUCUCUCUGUGUUAUCGUUUCGCGAUUGAAUCGAGGAUACAAGGACCGAGUUCCGGGAAUCGUACUGGAAAACGGACAGAAAAAGACGUAAGGACAGGUCGAAACGCGCGAAACGGCGUUCCGCGAAACAUCGCAGAUCCGUGUGUUUACAUUUCGGGUGUACCGAGCUCGUCGUUCGCCAUCAAUCACAAGGGUGAACGCUGAUAACGCCGCGCGCGUGACGGAGCAGCCUAACCGCGGAACGGCGGCAAGAAGGAGACACGAGCUGCCACACAAGGGGAAGAAAGACAGGCUCGCCGGGACUGAAUAAUGUCCGCCAAGCGAAAGGCCACUGCCAUCAUGCAGCAUCACAAGGAAAACAUCUCGACCCCGGAGCCAGCCGACAUAUCCGAGGAGGAUCACUACUCGAGCGCGCUCAUGAAAGACGCGGAUAAGCUGAAGCUGAUGCUGCUCGCGUGGAAUUAUAAUCUUCAACAGCAGGCUCAGGCUCAGGCCCAGGCCCAGGCACAGGCACAGGCGGCCAACGCGGCCCUCUCGCCAAAUAACUCCUCGACAACCACGGCCACCACCGUUGGCACACCUGUCACCAGCCAAUCGGCCAUUUCCACGGCAAACAACACCAUUAACAACUCCACACUUACAGAUUCACGAAACGGAUCCUCCGAUUUGGUAGACAUGCCAGCAGGCACUGUUCCUAAUUUGGGCGCGGUGGCUGGAGUCGGCGGCGAGGACAUGGCAUCAUUAUGGGCUUCCUACGCCAUGGGAUUGAAGAAGACACCGCCACCAGCCUCUGCCGCGACGCCCUCGCGAUCCGAUCGCGAUCGCGAGUCCAGCCCCCCUGGCGGGGAAGGAACAGGCAGCGCUCACGACGAAACUAGCAGCAGCGGUAACAAAGACGACGAGGACGACGACGACGAGGACGCUGACGAGAGGUUGGACCCCAGACAUCACGACCCGGAGCGCCAGAAGGCUUUCAACAUGUUCGUCAGGCUGUUCGUCGACGAGAACCUGGACCGUAUCGUGCCGAUCUCCAAGCAACCAAAGGAGAAGAUACAGGCGAUCAUCGACAGUUGCACCAGACAGUUCCCAGAAUUCGCCGAGAGGGCCAGGAAGAGGAUCAGAACGUACCUGAAAAGCUGUCGAAGGAACAAACGUGGCAGGGAAGGCGGUCCCUGGGACGCGGCGAGGCCCACACCGGCACACUUGACCUCCGUGCAGGCCGAGCAGAUUUUGGCAACCGCCUGCGAAAAUGAGAGCGACAACGCGAAACGCAUGAGACUCGGUCUGGAGCCUGUCUCACAGCCGAUGCCAACUCUUCCGGCCGCAACGCAAACGGAUGUUCGAUCGAGUUUGGACCAUUUCUCGAGUACACCGGUGAAAUCACUACCUGGAAAAAGGGAGGACACACCACCGGCAUCGUUGACGUCCCUGGCGCCGCUAACCAGCUUGGCGAACUUGCCCAGCAGCACCCUCUCAUCCACACCCCUGUCUCUCGCCCCCGCAUCGAAGCUGCUCACGCCAGCGGACAACAAGGGCCUCAUGAGCCAGGCGACGAUAGUCAGCUCGUCGACGGUUAACGGUGUUGCCAGCGGUGGUGCACCGACGGCCAUGUACAGACCCAACUUCAGCCAGGCGUUCCAGCGUGCUGGGCCGACCACAGUGCCGCCAACAUUGUCAGCGGGCCUCUACCCCACGCAGAGCUUCACGUCGGGCCUAUUGAGCAACGGUACACAAAGACCGACGGAUCUGAGCAUGAAGAACACGAAGCCGCUACUGAGUCACAAGUUAAACGCGACGGAAAUGACGGCCGUCAGGCAAUUGAUCACCGGAUAUCGAGAAUCAGCGGCAUUCCUGCUGAGGUCCGCCGACGAGCUCGAGCAACUGUUGCUUCAGCAACCAUAGAGCUACGUUUACGUAGCCAGUGGCCAGCAAUUGGGCUCGUAAGUUCCUUUCCAGUUUUCGGUGGGGCCGAGUGUUAAACUCUCUGGCCCGAUCCUCGAAUAUUGGAGACUUCAACGCCCGCAUAUGAACGAUCGCUGGAUCACCAAUGCUCCGCGACAACGUUACCGACCGUCGGUAACGAGUUUCCGUUAUCCACCAGCGGGAAACGCGAAAGAGAGAGCCCGCCCGCCCGGAUGGAGUGAACGAAGUUUCACGAUUCCGACGACACUUACCGCCUCUCCGAAAGUCGUCGAGGACAGUGAACUUCUCGCACAGCAAUCCGACGAAAGUUACCCCGAACGGAAGCUACGAAUUUCCUCGAGUACGUUCGAGUAUCGAACGAAUAGCUUCUUCUGCGGAUUGAUAAACUGCUCGCGAAGAGAAGGAUGACGAACGAGAAACGAAUUUUCGUUCGCGAGCGAAGAGAGUUGGAAGUAGCUGCCGGCAGAUGAAGAACAAGUGGCUCUUCUACCGGCUAAGUUUUAAGGGAACUAUUAAAAGAAGAACAGAAAACAGGGUGUACAUAAGAGAAAAAAAAAAAAAAAAAAAAAAGAAGGAUUACAGAUAUUUACUUAACUAUCGAUAAGCUUAAGCUUAAGGGUGUACGAGGAUACGAUGUGCGUGUUGCGUGCGUGCGUGCGUGAGUGCGUGCAAGAGGCUUUUUCUGACGAAAAGCGGCCCGGCGGGAGAAUCGAUCGAUCGUUGCUCGAUCAGUGUCAGUGUGUUUUUUCCGCUUGCACAUUGCUUGCGGAUCAGACAGAGUUUUCCUGCUAACUUUUCACCGUGGUAUUUUGCUUGCGUCAAACAUCUCGCGAGAAACAUCUCGAUGGAGUCGAUGGAUUGAGGCAGGGUUUAAGGCGAAACGUGAGAUACCUCGUCGUCAGUCGUUCGCAAUGUGUUAACAUACGAAUACAAUAAUGUGAUGAUAAGCGAGAAUAGACAAAAUUAAAUCGAUUUCACGCGACAUGCGACAUGUUUAUGGUGAAGCAAUGAGAAGGACAAUGUUCACUUUGCUAUUCUGAUUCCUCAUCACUUCGCUAUAUUCGUGCUCUUGGGGUGAAACUACAGUGAGCAGACUUAGACUGUGGUCGCAGCUGACGAAAGAAAGUAAAGCAGUUGAAUGCUGAUUCCUGACUGGAUUAAAAUUACCAAAAAUUGAACGGUUAUAUGCGAAUAUAAUAAAUAUUGAACUUUUGAGUAGCGAGUAAGGAAAAUAAAACACAAAUUUGAAAAAUUACUCAAAUUAUUAUACAAUUCAAACGUAUGAAAAUUGUCAAAAAGCAUAGAUUAGAUAGAUUGUAAGAAAAUCUUCUAUACGCGAAUAUAACAAACAUUGAACUUCUGAGCAAUGAGUAAAAAAACACACACACACAAACUUGAAAAAUUACUCAAAUUAUUAUACAAUUCAAACGUAUGAAAAUUGUCAAAAAGCAUAGAUUAGAUAGAUUGUAAGAAAAUCUUCUAUACGCGAAUAUAACAAACAUUGAACUUCUGAGCAAUGAGUAAAAAAACACACACGCACAAACUUGAAAAAUUACUCAAAUUAUAAUACAAUUCAAACGUAUGUAUGAAAAUUGUCAAAAAGUUUCAAGCAUCAUUGCAAGUUUAAAACAGAAGGAAACACGAGACGCGUGAUUUCAAUUGCUUUGAUUUCUCAGUACUCAGCUACGCCAAACAUUUGUCCACUGUGUUUUCAUCCUUAGAGAAAUUUCGGCAAGCUACAUGAAUCAGUCAGCCGCGAUCGCAACGGCCGCUUACCGCGUUCGGAGCUGCCGCUUUUGUUUUCCAUCGAUCGAGGCAACCUGCUGCCUCGAACGUCUGUCGCGUGACUUGUCGAACGUCGCCAUUGUCGUUUACCCGACCGAGAAGCGUUCUACCGAUAUCUUGUUGUGUACAUACACUCGUUUCGACGUAAACGGAAGCGGAGUCACGUUCCACAAUUAGUUGGGAAAUGAAUGAUCAGCUGCCUGGAAAUUAUAGAGGCAUGGCUGACGUACACGUGUAGCAAACGUUGUAUGCUACGUAGAUCGCGGGACAAGCUAGAGUUACUUUUCCUCUUCUUUUGUUUCUUUCUUUUUGUUUUUUGUUACGCGAGAAAACGAUCAGUAGAUCGAGACGAUUAGUCGUACACACGAAUCACGUGCGCUGAUUGAAAGAGUAGUAUAUACAUAUUUGAAUCGUGCUGAUUGGCUUGGGGAUUUCUGUGCAUUUUGUUGAACGAACGACCGAUUAUUGUGUCUGGAGCUUUGCUUUUAAGGAGAAGCUUGCGGAGACUGUUUCUGCGUUUGCAGUUGUUGCACAUUUGUUUGUAUCUUUUUUAUUUUUUUUUGUCUAGUUUUUAGUCGAAAACGGUGAUGUUUUAGGAUUGCAAAUUUCCCUGCAUCUUCUUUCGUCAAUCCGGGGAAAUUUGAAGACAUGAAAAUACUCACAGUGUACAUACACGACAAUGUAUAAACGAACCCAAAGUAUAGCGAUCGUUGAAGUAUUUGGUCAAUGAAACGAUCUGUCGUGCAAUUUUUACAUUCAUGAAAAUAUGAAAAUCCGCAAUAACUAACAUUAGAAUAAUUUCCAAGUGUUGAAAUUAUAUUCUAUUUAUCUCCAAAACUUUUCAUUAAAAGGCAAAGCCCUCCUAGCGAAAGAAGCAAGUAUAACGCUACUUGGACUCUUAAUGUGCUUUGUCACAUAGAAGAGAUGUUAGAAACGUUAACGAUCCUCGACCAACGUCGCAUAAAUAUAUUUAUCGGGACCAUCCUGUUCACGAUCGGACAAUACGUUGAAAUUUCGUAUUCGUGGUCUCCGGACGCAUCACUGUGUUACCAAAGAACACUGAUUACUAUUAUUAAUAUUAUUAUUACUAUACGAUUACACGGUUUUAGCGCUAUAUUACACGACACGCGUUCAUUUCUUCUUCUCUUUGCUUUACUCACACCUCACGAUUCUUACGAUCGCGUUCUCACGCAGAUGUAAACGAGAGAAAGAGAAAGUUAAUAUUUGCGCGCCACUACCGAUAUCUUCCGCCAUCCAGAGAGAGAGAGACCCCUCUUGUCUCACACCAAUUUCACUUGCGCCUAUCAAUCGUUACUUACGUUUCGCUCUGUUAGUAUCGAUUGCGAUUUUUUUUUUUUUUUUUUUCUUCUUCAGCUACCAUCUCCUCCCGUCCCGAAACUGACGACUCGAAGAUGGAAAAGGGGGUGGCUUUCGAGAAGCGCUAGCUUAUUCAAUUUCGUCGUUUGUUUGUUUGUUUUUUUUUUUUCCUCUUUUUCUUUUUGUACAUAGUAUACAAAGAACGUCGUCGUAUUGGGGACGCGACGACCCGGAGAAAUCGAGAGAGAUCGGGAAGGGAACUGCGAGUUGCUUUUUAACGAGAUACGAAGAGAGAAUAUAUAUUAUUAUUAUUAUUA